AUGCUAGCCCAAACAAAGAAAAUGCAGCUGAUUAUCCGCGGACAGAAUACCUUUUUGAUUAAAAUCGCACAAGUCCAAGAUUUUGGAGAAACAGAGUUUACUUUGAGUUGCAACGGGCAUUUAUUGGCUGAUGAUACUCCAGUUGAGAAACAAGAAAAAUCAAAGAAGAAAACCGGACGUGCUAAUAAGAGACGCAUCCAAUACAACAGGAGGUUUGUAACCGUUGUACCUACCUUCGGACGUCGUCGUGGACCAAACGCUAACCCUGGCACAUAA